CAAACUGGCAAGAUUUUCAGUGCUUUUCUCACAAGCAAAGGCUGAGGCGAGGAUGAUGAGUUUGGCGCAUGGCGGAGUGCGGGACUCGUCUCCUCCGCUCUGUUGGCUUUUCUGCUUAUUUAUUUUGGGGGGUCGUAUUGUCGAGCAGCUCUGAAACAGAAAGGAAGACCUGACUGUAUGCCGAUAGGAUUGAAGCUUUGUAACAACGACAACGAUGGAGAAUGUUCAGAGUUUGCCAGCCCAUCAGCAGCAGCAGUUCAUGCAGCAUCUGGAGCAGAUGCAGAUGAAGGAUAGCCUCGCCAUGUACAACAAUCUGGUGGCUCGCUGUUUUGAUGCUUGCUCUUAUUCGUUUCGAUCCAAGACGCUUGACAAGAGCGAGGUAAAUUGCAUGGAAAAUUGCUCAUCGCGCUACAUCAAGAUGGCUCAAAGAGUGGGGCUUAGGUUUCAGGAGCACCAAGCUAUGCAGCAGCAGCAACAACAACAGAAGUAGCGAUGGACGUGGGAAACAUAGGCAAUUUGUCAAUUAGGUGUUAUGGGAGAUCCCCUGCUGGUCAAAAGACACUUCCCCGACUAGCACCUGAAGCACAUUCAAACUUAGCUCUAGCUAGUCUGGAAGGAAAGCAGCCAAAAUAAUUCAAAACAAGAGCUAGAAUAUCUCUUAAAAAACAUGCACUAGUACAUCAGAAGACAUUAUACAACACGUAGCACAUGCAUCACAAGACAAACUCUGGUUGGGCUUUUUAUUCUUGAGCGGUUGCAUACAAGGCAAAUGCAACUUGGCUGCCAAAGCCUGCUGCGAAUCGCAGCGCAUAGCGGCAUGCAUACUUCCCACCCUUAGAGAUGUUUAGUUCUCCGAGAUAGUCGUCCUUUUCUGCCCAGUUGGGCACCGCAGGUACCGUUUGCUUCAUAAGCACCUCUACCGCAGCAACGUCUUCGAACGAAACACCCAUGGGAUGGCCUGUGAAUCCUUUGGUGUUCAGAAUCAGAAGCUUCCUGAGCAAUUCAUCGCCGAAAGCAUGCCUCAAAGCGGCAACUUCGUUACCAGCGCAACUUGAGGCAGAAGAAGCAUGGGU